AUGGAGGUAGCAGACGUGGUAGUCGUUUGGUCAGUCUCAACACUGCUGGUGAGAGUGCUGUCCGUUGUUGUCGUCGGCUUAACUGUCGCUGUUGUGGUUGCCGCUUCUGUCGUCGUCGUUCUUGUGGUCUUCGUGCUUGUCUUCGACGUAGCCGUCGCCGUGACCGUUGUCACCGAUAUCUUCCCUUUAGUGUCCACUGGUUCCGUCGAAGGCGACUUGUCACCUUUCGAAUCUGGACACCCUGAGCCACAUGGAUCAACGGAGCAGCAGCCUCGGAAUCCACCUGAGCAGACAUACCAAUCUGUGCUGGGUGCACACGCCGUAUCCUGA